AUGGCGGUAUGGAUGCUUUUCAGUUGGCUUUUUUUAUCCUUUUUGUACUCUAUUGAUGGAUUAGGAGGCCAAUGCUAUUUGCUUCUUUUUUCUUCCAGAUCGAGAGGCUGCUAAAGGAUGAAGCCACCGAGGAGAAGGGAGAGCGCGCCAGAAUGGUAAAUAUGGUUUAAUGCCUUUCUUGUCAAACCUGUUAUUUAUCUUGUUUCAGAGGUUGCGUUUGAAUUUUUAGACCUACUCGUUUUUUUCCAUGAUGUGCUCGUUUUUAGUUGCUAAAAAAUAUUUUUUGGUCUUGAUAUUGUUUGCCCAUCCCUUUUUUCCUAGGCUUCCUUUGUUGGAGCCAUGGCAAUUGCUGAUUUGGUUAAAACUACUUUAGGCCCUAAAGGAAUGGUAACUACUCAUUCAGCCUUUCCUUUACUCAUUAGCAGUUCUGCAUAAGUGAUGUGAUCUUUUUUUUGGUGGAUAUGUUUUAAAGGAUAAAAUAUUGCAAUCAACUGGCCGAGGACAUAACGUGACAGUGACAAAUGAUGGAGCCACUAUCUUAAAAUCACUUCAUAUUGACAAUCCAGCUGCGAAAGUUCUUGUUGGUAUCCUUGUUGGCUGUUUUUUAGUGUUGUUCUCUUACUUUUAUUGCGAGUUGAAGCUGAUUUGAUAGACCUACUACCCUAUCUCGUAAGACUGCAAGUUCCUUAAUAGAAUCAGAUAUCUCAAAAGUUCAAGAUGAUGAGGUCGGCGAUGGAACAACUUCUGUCGUUGUUUUGGCUGGGGAGCUUCUGAGGGAAGCUGAAAAGUUGAUCAUGUCGAAGAUUCAUCCCAUGACAAUUAUUGAAGGUUUACUUGUUCCUUUAUUAAUGUCAAAGCUUCUGGUUAAUUCCUUCAUGUUUUAAAUAUAAUAAUAUCCUUCUAAUUUUCAGAUCAUAUAUAACCAUGUGUUCCAAGGGUUAUAUUGUUUGUCCAGUGAAUUUCCUGCGUUAGGUCUAAGAGAACCACAUAUGUAAUAGUAUAAUCAAAUCAUGCCCUUUUUAACUAUUUUCAUGGAUAACAUGCUUUUUUCGCGUUUAGUUUUUUAUUGUCUGUUGAAUUAUAAAUUAUUUCUUGUGAGUUUUUUAUUUAAAGAUAUGCUGAAUAGUGAAUUGUGAAACUUGAAUGAGACCAAAUAAAAUAUCCAAAGUAUUUAUUGGACCUCGAGACCAGUUGAAAACUGUGACACCCCCUCCAGCAGAAUGAAGGGGGGCUCUGAGCAAAGAUCUGCGGAUUGGGUCUAGAUCCCUCCAUCGUCUUACAAGGUUCGUGUGUCGAGGAAGCUUUGAAUGAAAUCCGUUUCCUGGUCGUCUAUUCUACCUUGGAUAGGCUUGUUGAGACCCUAAAAACAAUUCAAAUCUCUGAUUUGUACUAGAACCGCGAUGAUCCAUCAAUAAGUCAAAAACUUCUCUGAGUAAUGACCAUUUAAUCAUAAACGGUAACCAGUGGUGCGUGAUGAGUCAGAUGUCAGAGUCACAGAUAAGUUUGUUGAAGAAAGACAUCAGCAUGAUCAGCAGCUGAGCCCCAAUUGAAGACGUGUAUCUCCAUUUUAGUUUCUUUCCUUGCCUAGGCUGGGCUCUCAAUGCAGAGUUCAAAAGUUACUUUUGUUUAUGCUGUUACUUAAUAUACAUGAUGUCUUAAACCAUUUUUCUUCUUGUGCAUCAGUUAUUUAGGUUUUUUUUUGGGCACCAGUACUGACGAAAAUGGCAUGAAAGACAAUGAUGAUCCAAAGCAUUUUUUUAUUCAAGUUUGUCUCGUAGUAACUGCAAUAACAUGGAGCCUCAACUAUUUUCAAAUGCAUUCUAAUGAGAACCUGAACUCUUUAUGAAAGUAACAUGGAUUCUCAACUAUUAACGUAUGAAUUUUUACUGGGAUUCUUAGUUAUUUGCGUAAAACCAAGCAAGUCCAAGCUUGAUAUGUCUACAGUCUCGAAACAAAAUGGCUAACAUGCGAUGUGAGGAUAAUAUAUUUUGAUAUGUGCUAAAGUAUAGCAUGAAUAUAUAGAACAACAGGAUUGUAUUUUCUCAUCUAUCUUAAUUUUAUUUGUCGUGAAAGUAAUUUAUUUACUAACUGAUUCAUCCUUAUUGUCAUUAUAGAAGAUUAUUUUUCUUUUUCUCAAGCCUCCUAGUUUGAGACCUUUAGUUGAACUUUGAUUGAAUGAGAAAAUAUGCACCCUAAAUUUUGUUAAUAGGUUGGCCAGUAAAAUAGUAUAGAAACUGCCUUGAGACCUUUGCUGAUAUUACAUAUUAGUUUUGUCUAAUGACGCCGUAUUAUUUCUCAUCAUGGUGUGUUAUAGACCUAGUUUUAACAAAAUUAGUCUGAUUGCUACAAAAUCAGAGUGAAUCAAUAUACCAAAUGCCUCGUUUAAGCCUGAUGAGGGAAAGUCACCCGAGAUAUACUAACCAAGGCUGUACAUCCCUAACAUCCAAAACUAUAAUUAGCACGCUGGUGACAUUACGACUUCUGAAAACAUAAUGCUUAAACUGAAAAACUUUUCUAAUACGUAUCCUAGAAAAUAAUUGACAAUUUUUCCUAUUGAGAACCGGCACUAUAUUGUUUUUCCUUGAUAAUCUUUUUUAAAGAGGAUAGUUCCACAUGAUCAUUACCAUAGAUCAAGAGGAUAGAAGAUUCGUACGCAUGAAUACAUUCAUCAAUUAAAUGAAAGAAAUAUCCUCAUAUUUAGGUAAGAAGCAUACUCAAGUGUGCAUGGAUUCGGAACUCGGAAUUCCUUAAAUUGGCGACUUGUCCCCUGUUAAGUAUAAUAAUUUGUAUAACAAAUACUUCCAUCCAUGGCUGAAAAAAAUAUUAUUGUUCCGGAUCCAGAACAAUGAUCUCAUUGUCUUAUCCAUCGAAUUUUCCUAGCUCUUAAUUUUAACAGAUCAAUAGGCCUUAAAAUGUGCUAAAUUAUUGACGCACCUCAGAUAGGGUUGACACCCUGCCUUAUGGUCUUGAUGUCUUGGCUAGAUUAUAUGUAAUGUAGAGUUGUAUGGAAUUGACUCAUCAAGGGGUUCAAUGAGUUCAUAUUAGUUUAUUCCCUGGGAAAAAAUGAAUCUUCCCUAACCAUGUGUAUGCGUGAGAUUCAUUCCAAAACUGUCACUUUUGUGUUUCUCUGCAUUUUAUUUGCUAUUAUCACGUGAAAUGAAAAUUUAAGAGCUUGAAGAUCAUUAUUAAAGGCUUCAUUGUGAAGUUGAAUUUUGUUUUUGUAAUGGUUUAUCUUUCUCAAGGAAAUGAUUCUAAUGCUUUCUAUUAUGCUAUAAUUAUUGUUCUGAUUGAAGAAUGUGUUGUUCUUUCUACCCAUGAUACUAUAGUAUCAUUGUAGUGGAUGAUUCUUGAAAUAAGGUAACAAUGAUGAUGGCGCACAGUUCUGACUGUUUUAUUUCUAAAUUGUUAGGCUACCGAAUGGCUGCUGAGUGUGCACGCAAUGCUUUGUUGAAGAGGACCACGGAUAACAAAGAAGAUCCAGGUACUUGUCAUCUUGGACCUGGCCGUUCAUUAAAGUGACAAUAUGGGCCUCUGAUUUCCUCAAAGUGUCGUCUGGUGUUGAUGAAGUAGUAUUUGAUUCUGUGUCCUUUGGUUUAUGUAUAUGUUUCAAAGCUUUUAAUUAUCAGGCUUUCUCUAGAACAUUGCCUUCUGAGCCUUUUCAGAAUCAGUUUUGCUACUAGAAAUCUGGAAUCCAUUGUAUAUUACCAGUAAUAGGUUUGUUUUACCGUUCACAUUCAUGCUGUAUGCUUAUUUGAGUAUUAUACUUGUCAUAGAGAUUAAAGCCGUGAUCAGAUGAGGAUUAGCUUGCUGCGUCCAGGGAAUUUGUCUAUUACGUGGGCCUUGCCUGGCCAGGAUAUGGAGAGGCCGUGUAGAUGGGCUGCCCUGUAGGUGAGAGGGAGACUGCUAUCUGCGGAUAAGUGGGCUGUGGUAGGCCCCAUAAAAGCGGGAGUUUUGGUUUGCCUAAGCAUCAAAACAGGGCAGAAUUCAAAGUCAAUGGUGGUGUCGACACUCCCAAUUGAGAUGGCUACAUUUAUCAUAUACUCGUAUCCUUAUUAAUGAGGAAACAAGGUGUGUAUUAGUGUUUCAUUUUCUAAAGUAAAAAGGUGCUGGCAGUGUAUUAAAUGGGUUAAACAAGCUCCAUAAAAGUAGGAUAUUACUAACAGGAGUGAGUUGAGCUAGCAGGGGAGCAGUGGUCAACAGAGUUCCAUGUCGUGAAGACAUUAUUAGGGUUUAGGGUUUAGGGUUCUUCAUAGUUUCCUUUUCAUCAUGUGUUAGAAUCAAAAGAGCAAGCUCAAUGUUCUAAAGUUUGAUUCAUCUGCGGGGGGGCAACUGGCAGAUGAAUCAUGGUCGCUAAGAGAAGCCAGCACUUCUCCUUUUUCAGUAUUUUUUUCAGUGUGAUUGCUUUGUUUGACCAUAUGAAUGUUUUUCAUUAGAGCAUACAUUUCUGAGAGGUAUUUUUCCCGAUAUUGAUUUUUCAGAUAUUUUUGAUGGGUUUUUAGUAGUUCAUGACAAACAUUUAUUUCUAACAGUUUAUUUAUUUCCUUUUUCUGUAAGUUUUCAUCUUCAUGUGAAUUUAUUGCCGAUUAUCUCUCUCUACCCCUCUCUCUCUCUCUCUCUCUCUUCUUUACUUACUACUUCGCUUUCAUACUCUUCUCCUUUUAUGAUGCAUCCCCCCUCCCUCCCCUUGGUGUCAAACAGAGAAAUUCAGGAGUGACUUGCUGAAGAUCGCAACCACAACUUUGUGUUCGAAAAUAUUAUCCCAGGACAAGGAGCACUUUGCUAAGCUGGCUGUGGAUGCCGUUCUGAAGCUCAAGGUAACAAUCGAUUGGAGUUUCAUCUGAACUUGAUUCCCUGCACCGAUUGUCCUCAUUGUUUCUCGUUCAAUAUGAGGAACAUAGGAUAACCCAUCUGAAGGCAUGUAGGAUUAAACAGAGAAAAGCAGCUGCAUGAACAGUGGCUCCCGGGCCCCUCAGUCUCUGGAACUAACGUUGACUUCCCAAAAACUUGGGGUUGACUUCUCAGGGUUCAUAGAAGAGACCCGGAAGUCUCAGCCAUCAAAACUAUCCAUUCCGCCCUUUAUAUAUCUUAGGCUGGUAGAAGAGUCCUGCUCGCAUGUUGUGGUUGACUUAUCUAGUUUCCAGAAGAAACCCUCAACAUCUCAAUCUCUGGAACUAAUGUUGACUUCUCAGAAAGUUGGGCUUGACUUCUCAAGGUAUUUGAUCUUCCCAAGAAGCGCUCAUUCUCUAGUUUCUGAUCAGGUAUCACAAAAGUCGGAUGAUUCUGGCUAUCUCAAACCCAAUGGACUCCUCUCCUCUCUUCCAGCAAUCUGCAUCUCUAGUUUCUAUGCGUGAAUCCCUUCCCUAGUUUGAGGAGCUCUUUCUCUCUCAUCCAAAUACCUUGCCGGCUUUUAUUAGUUUUUCCCUUUUUGGAAACGAACAUCAUGAACAUAUUGACCUUCAAUGAGGUGAAGAACGCGAGAUGAUUUUUUUUUAAUUAUAUAUAUAUAUAUAUUCGAGUUAUGAUGAUUUUUCUGUGAACAGUAUUUUUAAAAUUUAUUUAAUAUUAUUUAUGUGGAUUAUGCCGAUAUUAAUUAUGAUAUCAAGCAUUUAUUCCAUGCAUCAUCCAUGGCAGGGAAGCACAAACCUGGAGUCCAUUCAGAUCAUUAAGAAGGCCGGGGGAUCCUUGAGCGACUCAUUUCUUGAUGAGGGGUAGGGUUUUCUCCUCACCAUAUUAUUUUUGAAAUUGAUCUUGGGUUGUACUCCUUUUUUUUUUAAUACGUUGUUUUAUUUUCUACAUGAAUCCCAAGAUACCCUUCUCCAUUUGAUAAAUUUCCGAUUUUUUUUUUUCCCUCCUAGCUGCUGUUCUUCAUCUGCAUUUGUUUUAAUCGUAAAUUAGUGGGUUUAAAAUAUUUUCUAUUUGUUUCUGUUCAUAUCAUCAUCGUUAUCGUCGUCGUCGUCGAUCGUUGGAAAAUCUGGCGACAUGUGAUCGAUCGACGGAUCUUCCUGGUUCCUGCGGGGAUGCGGAUGAGCAGGUUCAUCCUGGACAAGAAGAUCGGGAUCGGGCAGCCGAAGCGCAUCGAGAACGCGAGGAUCUUGGUGGCCAACACGGCCAUGGACACGGACAAGGUGAAGAUCUACGGGGCGAGGGUGAGGGUGGACUCGAUGGCGAAGGUGGCACAGAUCGAGACGGCGGAGAAGGAGAAGAUGAGGGAGAAGGUGCAGAAGAUCGUCGCCCAUGGGAUCAACUGCUUCGUCAACCGGCAGCUGAUCUACAACUUCCCGGAGGAGCUCUUCGCCGACGCUGGCAUCCUCGCCAUCGAGCACGCCGACUUCGACGGCAUCGAGCGCCUCGCCCUGGUCACCGGCGGCGAGAUCGCCUCCACCUUCGACAACCCCGAGUCCGUCAAGCUCGGCCGCUGCAAGCUCAUCGAGGAGAUCAUGAUCGGCGAGGACAAGCUGAUACACUUUUCCGGCGUCGACAUGGGCCAGGCCUGCACCAUCGUCCUCAGAGGCGCCAGGUUCUUCUUCUACCUCAUUCUUCAUCAUCAUCAUCGUCAUCUUGUUCUUCUUCUACCUCAAUCUUCCCCAAACCCUAAUUGAUCGCUGGGGACGACGCAGCUCUCAUGUGCUGGACGAGGCGGAGAGGUCGCUGCACGACGCGCUGUGCGUGCUGUCGCAGACGGUGAACGACAGCCGGGUGCUCUACGGCGGCGGGUGGCCGGAGAUGGUGAUGACGAGGGAAGUGGACGAGCUCGCUCGUCGCACCCCGGGGAAGAAGUCCCACGCCAUCGAGGCCUUCUCCCGCGCCCUCCAGAUCAUCCCCACCACCAUCGCCGACAACGCCGGCCUCGACAGCGCCGAGCUCAUAUCCCGUCUUCGCGCCGAGCACCACAACGCCGCCAGCGCCGCCGGCAUCGACGUCCUCUCCGGCACUGUAAUUCUCUCGUCACUCCCCCUCCGGCCAUCGCGGGGACGAACUGCAGAAGAAGCUCUGUGACACUCCCUUGAUUUGUUGCGUUGUCUUCUUGCAGGUGGGAGACAUGGAGAAGCUCGGGAUCUCGGAGGCCUUCAAGGUGAAGCAGGCGGUGCUCCUCUCCGCCACGGAGGCGGCGGAGAUGAUCCUCCGAGUCGACGAGAUCAUCUCCUGUGCUCCCCGGAGGAGGGAGGACCGGAUGUGA